AGUAUACAGCAUUUUCAUCUAUAACUUGUGGUCAUCCAUCCUCAUUAUGGUCUAUGUGAGUCCGAAGGCGGUGAAGGCGGAUGCUUAGCGUUGCGGCAGAACUUUUUGGACUUCGAAAAAGUGAGCGGAGCACGGCCCGUAUCUCUCGCAGCCACCACGCGCAUACCCCACGCACCUGGAGGUCUGAAGAGCUGAAACUCCCGGAACAGCUUCAGAUUACCUCCGCGAUCGAUCACAGGCCCCACGAUCGACCCCACAACCCGAACAGACAAUACCCAGAGAAGAGGUGGGGAAGCCUGCGGAGCUGUCAAGAUGCCGAAGAAAGCCAUUGACUCCCGUAUCCCGGCUUUGAUCCGAAACGGCGCUCAGGAGAAGAAACGAAGCUUCUUCGUAGUCGUCGGUGACCGCCAGAAAGAUGUCAUUGUCAACCUGUACCAUAUCCUGCUGAAUGUCGACGUCAAGCUGAACAAGUCGGUGCUCUGGGCAUACAAGAACAAGCUGCUUGGGUUCUCGAGUCACCGCAAGAAACGCGAGAAGAAGAUCAAGAGCGAGAUCAAGCGCGGCAUCCGCGACAUCGACACCGAAGACCCAUUCGAGCUGUUCGUCUCGACACAGAACAUCCGCUAUGUCUACUACAAGGAGACGGAGAAGAUCCUGGGUAACACAUACGGCAUGUGUAUCCUGCAGGACUUCGAGGCGCUCACACCGAACCUGCUGGCGCGCACAAUCGAGACAGUCGAGGGAGGCGGACUCGUGAUUCUGCUGCUGAAAGGCAUGAACAGCUUGAAGCAGCUCUACACAAUGUCCAUGGACAUCCACUCGCGGUACCGGACCGAAGCGCACAGCGAUGUCGUCGCCCGAUUCAACGAACGAUUCCUGCUGUCCCUCGGGAAAUGCGACAGCUGCUUGGUGGUGGACGACGAGCUCAACGUGCUGCCCAUCUCCGGCGGGAAGCACGUUAAGCAGCUGGCGCCACCAGACCCAGAGCUUGAGGGCAAGACACCGAAGGCGAAAGAGUUGGAGGAGAUCAAAGAAUCGCUGGCAGACACCCCUCCCGUGGGCGAUCUCGUGAAGCUGGCGAAGACUGUCGACCAGGCGAAGGCGCUCCUCACAUUCGUGGAUGCGAUCGCAGAGAAGACGCUGCAGAGCACCGUGACUUUGACAGCCGCGCGUGGUCGCGGAAAGUCUGCGGCGCUGGGUGUGGCGAUUGCGGCGGCGAUUGCACACGGCUACAGCAACAUCUUCAUCACCUCGCCCAGCCCGGAGAACCUGAAGACACUGUUCGAGUUUGUGUUCAAGGGCUUCGACGCUCUCGGAUACAUGGAACACCAGGACUACAACAUUCUGCAGUCGACCAAUGCGGACUUCAACAAGGCGAUUGUCCGAGUCAACGUGCACCGACAGCACAGGCAGACGAUUCAGUACAUCCAGCCGCAGGACGCGAACCAGCUGGGUCAGGCUGAGCUGUUGGUUAUUGAUGAGGCGGCUGCUAUUCCUCUGCCGCUCGUGCGCAAGCUGAUGGGCCCCUACCUGGUGUUCAUGGCCUCGACUAUCAACGGUUAUGAGGGUACUGGACGUUCUCUUUCCCUGAAACUCAUCAACCAGCUUCGUGAGCAGUCGAGAGGGCGAAAGAGCGACAGCUCAUCUACUGUGGUCGACAGGGCUACAGGAAAGGAGAGCAAGGACGGGACAGAGCCUUCGAUGGCCGGCCGCUCACUGCGCGAAAUCACACUGUCAGAGCCUAUUCGAUACGCCCAAGGCGACUCGGUCGAACGAUGGAUGAACGACCUCCUCUGCUUGGAUGCUACCCUGCCACGCUCGAAGCUGGGAACCCAGGGCUGCCCGCACCCCGACGAGUGCCAGCUGCUGCACGUCAACCGCGACACGCUCUUUUCCUACAACCCCGCCGCGGAGAAGUUCCUGCAGAAGAUGAUGGCGCUCUACGUCGCGAGUCACUACAAGAACACACCCAACGAUCUCCAGCUCAUGUCCGAUGCGCCCGCCCACCAGCUGUUUGUGCUCACCGCCCCGGCCGAGGACAACAAACUCCCCGAGCCCCUGUGCGUCAUCCAGGUGGCUCUCGAAGGCCAGAUCAGUAGAGAGAGCGUUCUCAGCAGUCUAAGCCGUGGACAAAGAGCGGGUGGUGACCUCAUCCCGUGGAUCGUGUCGCAGCAAUUCCAAGACGAGACCUUUGCCUCGUUGUCCGGCGCACGCGUUGUGCGUAUUGCGACCAACCCUGACUACGUCAACAUGGGCUACGGAUCGCGCGCGUUGUCGCUGCUCGUGGACUUCUACGACGGCAAGCUCGCGUCUCUGUCCGAGUCGGCGCCGGCUGAGAUCGAGACGAUGAAGCGCGUCACAGAAGAGGAUCUCGAAUCUGCCACCCUCCAGACAGACAGCAUCAAGGUCCGCGAAGCGUCUGAGAUGCCGCCUCUGUUCGCGCGCUUGUCUGAGCUCGCAUCGCCCAAGCUCGACUAUGUAGGCGUCAGCUACGGGCUGACAAGCCAGCUGCACAAGUUCUGGAAGCGCCAGUCUUUCGUCCCUGUGUACCUGCGACAGACACCGAACGAUCUGACCGGCGAGCACACAUGUAUCAUGCUGCGCUCGUUGGAGACAACGUCGUCUGACGGGUCGUGGGUUGCUGCAUUUGCAAAGGACUUCCAGAAGCGUUUCCUCUCCCUCCUCUCCUACCACUUCCGCACAUUCCCAUCUAUGACAUCACUCUCCAUUGAGGAGUCCGCAUCUCAAGGCGCAGACCUCGACGCGGAGCUCCAAGCCACGCCCAUCACAAAGGCUGAGCUGGAUGCGCUGUUCAGUCCGUUUGACUUGAAGAGACUGGAGUCGUACGCAAACAACAUGCUCGACUACCACGUCAUCCUCGACAUGCUGCCCGCGAUCGCCACACUGUACUUCACCGGGCGUCUCAAGUCGCAUCUCAAGAUGACCGGUGUCCAGACGGCGCUGCUCCUCUCCGUCGGCCUGCAGCGCAAGGAGUUCAGCGAGGUAGAGAAGGAGCUCAACCUCUCCUCCUCGCAGCUGAUGGCCAUGUUCGUCAAGAUCAUCCGCAAAGUGGCGACAGCCUUCCGCGGGAUCCUCGAGGGUGCGGUGCGCGAGGAGAUGCCCGAGGCCAUGGACCUCGAAGACUCAGGCGCGCACAGCGGGGCCCCGGCCGACCCCCGCUUCCAGCCGCUCGAGAAGGAUCUGCAGGAGGAGCUGCAGGAGGGCGGCGACGCGUUCCUCGCGGACCAAGAAGAGCGCGAGCGCGCCAAAGCGCUCAUCGACGCGCUGCCGCUGCACAAGUACGAGAUCGGCGCCGCAGCAGACGACUGGACAGAAGCCGAGCGCUCGGUCGCGAAAGCAGCCAAGGGCGGCCGCGUGGAUACGCUCACGGUGGCAGUCAAGACGGGCGAGAAGAAGAGGAAGGCCGGCGAGGCGGUGGCGGAGGCAUACAAGGAGGCGGAGAAGAGCAAAGAGAAGAGCGAAAAGAAGCACAAGAAAGCCAAGCAGAGCAGGAAGUAAGUGCAGGAAGUAGGUGUGCAGGAGACAAGUAGGGCAGGAAAUAGGUCGGUUGCAGGAGAAGGGACAUGUGGCGGCGAUGAAAAGAUGCAUGGCAGGUGUUGGCGGCGUUUGAUAUCCCCGCGACAGAGCGGGUUUGUGUUGUAUGUAGUCAGCAUGGCUCACGUUAUUUCUGUGUAUACGCGAGUGCGGAGAAAAGUGAGGCAAGCCAAUGGGCGUUUCUACACA